UUAAAAAAAAAAAAUUAUUAUUGAAAAUGGCGGACGAAAUCGUGCGCGUGUCACAACAACAAACAAAGCCGAUAAAAAUAGCAAAAUGGAAAAUCCGGCAAGGAGUUACAGUUCCCGUAGGUCGGAUUAUACUUCUAUACGAUUUCCUGGACCUCCCGAAAGUCGAACAGAAAAAAUUAAAAGCAUGUCAAGCCGGAAUAAUACACAAGAUCUUGGCGGAAGAGGGAAAAGUGGUGCAACCUGGGGAGCCACUUUACGAAUUUAAAUCAUGCAGCCAUCCAACCAUAAUGAUCGAUAUGUGUGCAGAAUGUGGAGCCGAUUUGCGGAAGGACGAUAAUAUAAAAACCAAAACCACAGCUUCUGUUCCCAUGAUCCAUGCCAUUCCUGAGCUAAAAGUGAGCGAAGAGCAAGCUCAAAAAAUAGGCCAGGCAGACAAUGACAGAUUGAUAAAAGACAGGAAACUUGUUCUUUUGGUGGAUUUGGAUCAAACACUUAUUCACACCACAAAUGAUAAUAUUCCGCCUAAUCUUAGAGAUGUUUAUCAUUUUCAGCUGUAUGGUCCUAAAUCACCUUGGUACCACACGAGAUUAAGGCCUGGUACACAUAAAUUCCUUAAUUCGAUAUGUAAAUUUUAUGAGCUGCAUAUCUGUACCUUUGGUGCAAGAAACUAUGCUCAUAUGAUAGCAGAAUUUUUAGACCCAGAUCAAAAGUUCUUUUCCAAUAGAAUUUUAAGUAGGGAUGAGUGUUUUGAUCCUACAAGUAAAAAAGCUAACCUAAAGGCACUAUUUCCUUGUGGUGACAAUAUGGUCUGCAUUAUAGAUGAUCGAGAAGAUGUGUGGUCUUGUGCACUAAAUCUUAUUCACGUCAAACCUUACCAUUUCUUUCAGCAUACUGGCGACAUUAACGCCCCACCUGGAUUAGACAAACACGAGGCUGAUGAUAAAGACGGUGUGGAUUUAACAAAAAUUGUCAAGAAAGCUUUAAAAAAAAAGGAAGUUGAAGAAAUAGAGAUUAAUCAAGAAAAAAAUGUGACUAAAGAUAUAGAAGACAAAAAUGAAUCUUCAAUAAAUAAAGACACUAAUGGUGAGGAUAAAAAAGAUAAUGUUGAAAAGCUUUGUAAAUCUAAAGGAAUGGAGGACAUUCAAAAUUAUACCAUUGUUAAAACAGAAAAAACUAAUGAAAAAAUGGCUGCGUCUGAAGAAAUAAAAGAAAUUCAAAUUGAAAAUAAAGAAAAUCCGGAAAAUGAUGAAAAGGCAGAAAAGGAUAAUGAGGCUUCAGAAAAUAAUAAACAAGCUACUGGUAUUCAUCAAGCAGAUAAUGAUCUAUUAUUAAAAGAUAAUACCAUUCAAAAAAUAGAUAAUGAAGAGGCUUCAAAUGAAACUAAAGAUAAACCCUCAGAAUCAGAAAACAAUGGUGAAAAAAUUGUGCAUGAAAAUAAUCAAAAACUUGAAGAUAAGGACAUUGCUACGCCUCAAAUACCUAGCCAAGAAGACUUACUCAUUGAUAUUGAAGAUCCAGAUGAUUAUCUUACCUAUUUAGAGGAUAUUUUGAGAAGAAUCUAUAAGGUGUAUUAUGAGUUGCUAGAUAACAUGGAAUCGGGAAAAAUCCCCGAUUUAAAACGAGUUAUUCCAUUUGUCAAAAGAAAAGUUCUAAAUGGCUGCAAACUUGUCUUCAGCGGCUUAGUUCCAACUCACUACAAAUUAGAACAGUCAAAAGCCUUUCAAGUAGCAAAAAGUCUAGGGGCAGAAGUUCAAGCGGACUUGGAUGACGAAACUACCCAUUUAGUAGCUGUUAGGCCUGGAACUGCAAAAGUUAAUGCAGGCCGUAGAAAGAAAAAUUUGGCCAUUGUCACUGCUGAUUGGCUAUGGUGUUGUGCUGAACGAUGGGAACACGUAGAUGAAAAAAUCUUUCCAUUGAACUCUAAAGGAUCAAAAAACCGGCAUCCGCCGCCUCAUUGUAGCAGUCCAGAACAUAUUGCAAGUUAUCCUGAACAUGAUACUCCAGCUUUGAGAAAGAGGACGCCUAGUGGUCGGUUUAUGGAUACUAUAAACCCGUUGAUGUCGUUUUCAAGUGAUGAUAUUGCUAAUAUGGAUAAGGAGGUAGGAGAUAUUUUGGAUGACGAGUCAGACGAUACUGACGAAGAAAAAAAAGAUCCAACAGAUGAGGAUGAAAAUGAUACAAAUACAGAAGUUAACUUCAAACAUAUGAUGCAGACACAAAUUCUUGGCGCUUACACCGCUUCUAGAGAUUGGGAGGAUGAUGAUGGUGAGCAAAAACUUGCAAAAGAGUCAAGUGAUGAAGAUGAAGAUAAUAGUAAAUCCCAGUCAAAACGAAAACGUACUUUAGAAGACUCGGAUGAAGAUAAUAGUCAAGACUUUGAGCUUCCCAGUAGCAAAUUUAGAAGAGGAGGAGAUCUUUACGAGUUGGACGCUGAACGUGACGAAGAUGAUAAUGACACUAGUAGUUUUGGGGCUCCAGAUGAAGAAGAUGAGGGCGAAUGGAACAUGAUGGGUGCUGCUUUGGAACGAGAAUUUUUGUCUGACUGAUAUAAUUAAGAUUUUGUUUUUUUUAAAAAGUGCAAAAUAUUCAUUCGUUACUUAUGUAAAUAUUGUCCUAAACUUGUGUUUGGCAGUAAUUUGUUUUCAUAACUCUUUGCUUAGAUUAAAUAGUUGAUCAAUUGGUUUUGUUGCAACAAGAUAUUUCAUUUGUCUCGAAAUUAUCUUAUAAUGUAAAAACAGCAUUUUUCAUAUUCAUGUACUCCGUUUACUGGCUUUGUUGAAUUCUUUAAUUCUAUAGUAAGUUAUCCAGUUGAAAAUCUUUCAUAAAAUUCAUCAAUUCUUUUUUGACCCAGUAUUGUGAUUGUGAAUAAUGUGAGAUAUCGUUACAAAUAAUAUACUUUAAAAGUUCA